AUGUCUGACACUGCAGGAAAAACCAUCAAGUGCAAGGCCGCUGUUUGCUGGGGAGCUGGAGAGCCCUUGAAGAUCGAGGAAGUUGAAGUUGCUCCCCCUAGGGCAAAUGAAGUUAGAAUUCACAUUCUGUACACCGGCAUUUGUCACACCGAUGAGUACACUCGAAGCGGCAAAGACCCUGAGGGUCUCUUUCCUGUGAUAUUGGGUCACGAAGGUGGAGGCAUCGUCGAAUCUGUUGGUGAAGGUGUCACCAAUGUUGCAGUGGGAGACCAUGUCAUUCCUUUGUACACAGCUGAGUGCAGAGAAUGCAAAUUUUGCAAGAGUGGAAAAACCAACCUCUGUGGAAAAGUGCGAGCUACACAAGGAAAGGGUUUGAUGCCUGAUAACUCUAGCCGAUUCUCUAUCAACGGGCAGCCAAUUCACCACUUCAUGGGGACCUCCACUUUUUCCCAAUACACUGUUGUGGCCGAUGUUUCCGUUGUGGCAGUCAACAAGGAAGCACCGCUGGAGAAGGUUUGCCUGCUCGGAUGCGGUAUUACUACCGCCUGGGGUGCUGUUGUCAAACAGGCCGGAAUCAAGGGUUCUUCUGUGGCUGUUUUCGGAUGUGGCGCAAUCGGACUGGGUGUCAUCAACACUGCGGCUCUCGUGGGCGCCAGUCGCAUCAUUGCAAUUGACACCAACCCAGGAAAAGAGUCCUGGGCUAAGAAAUUCGGCGCUACAGAUUUCAUUAACCCCACCACUGCGUUAAAACAGGAUCAAAAGAUUCAAGAUCAUCUCGUCGAAAUUACUGAUGGUGGCCUCGACUUUACUUUUGAUUGCACUGGAAAUGUUCACGUUAUGCGCGCCGCUCUGGAAGCGUGCCACAAAGGCUGGGGUGUUUCUACAAUCAUUGGUGUCGCUGCUGCUGGUCAAGAAAUUUCUACCAGACCAUUCCAAUUGGUAACUGGACGCACCUGGCGCGGAACAGCUUUCGGAGGUGUCAAGGGGAGAACCGAAAUUCCAGGCCUUGUUGACGACUACCUCAAGGGCACAAUCAAGAUCGACGAAUAUGUAACCCACCACAGAAACCUUGCGGAAAUUAACGAUGGAUUCCAUGAUAUGCACCAAGGAAACUGCAUCCGUUGUGUUGUCGAUAUGGCUUAA